CCAUACUUCCUGUUGUGAGGGGUGCGGCUGGAUAUGCUGAGUUCUGAGGACUGAUUAUCCAGCAGGCUAAAAUAAGUAACGACUGACCUGUAUUAUGAAAUUAGACAAGGGAUUUCCUGAAUAUUAGCUUUGUAAACAAAUCCUGAUAUUGGUGUAAAGAGUGGCGGGGAUGCGGCUUCGGAAUGGGAAACAUUUUCGGCAGAAAGAAACGCACGACUCGAGUGACAGAGCAAGACAGAGCGAUAUUGCAACUGAAACAGCAGAGAGAUAAACUCAGGCAGUACCAGAAGAGGAUCAAUGUCCAGCUGGACAAGGAGAGGAUGCUUGCCAAGCAGCUGUUGAAGGAUGGGAAGAAAGAGAAAGCCCUCCUUUUGCUUAAGAAGAAACGCUAUCAGGACCAACUUCUGGACAAGACGGAGAACCAGAUAAGCAACCUGGAGCGCAUGGUUCAAGACCUGGAGUUUUCCCAGAUUGAGAUGAAGGUCAUUGAAGGGUUGAAGAUCGGCAACGACUGCCUGAAAAAGAUGCAUGAGGUUAUGUCCAUCGAGGAGGUGGAAAGGAUCAUGGAUGAGACCCAGGAUUCCAUAGAGUACCAGAGGCAAAUCGAUGACAUGCUGGCGGGCUCCUUGACUCAGGAGGAUGAAGACGCUGUGUUGGCUGAGCUGGAGGCCAUCACACAGGGAGACGUUGAACUUCCUGAAGUUCCAGAUGAGGCCUUACCAGAGGUUCCAGAGGCAGAGGAGGAGGAUGAGGAACCUGAGCGGAAGAAGGAGAGAGAGAAGAAGAAGCCGGAGAGAGAGAUGCUGGCUGCUUAGCACCGCUUCUAACCACCAGGGGGCGAACUGCAUACAUCGAUUAUGGGCUGCUGCAAUUUCCCAACCUCCCCAACUUCCAAAAAUCACUCUCAAAAACACACACAAACACACACAAAACACACCCAGUCUGAUUGUUUUGGUUCUUUUACUCCCUCUGAGUUCUCCUAUUCUCAUGAUGAUCUUCAGGUCUGUUUUCAUUUGACUCCCUCAGUAUGUCAAGUCAGUCGAUCAUAUCUUUCUCAUUCAUCUCGUCUCCUAUUUCUUCCUCGAUAUUUUCCUCAAUGACUCCAACAGGCUCUGAAUACAACCUCAUAGAUAUUUCAUGUACGCAUACUGUAUGUCACUUAACACUCCUUUUUUACCUCUUGGAAACUGACAAGCUGAGUGGUGGUUUUGGAGACUCCAAACCGCUUUAAAUGCUGCUCUCUCCCUAGUGUAAUUUCUUUGUGGUUUAGAUCAUCAGUAUAGUAUGAGCCUCCACUGGAUCACAGAGUGCUGCCUACUGUGGCUGGAAUCCGAUCCGGAUCCGUUUUGGGUCUGGCACCAGUUGGUUCCAAAAUUGGCCUGUAUGGAAACAAAAAAGAAUGCGCUGGAUGACCGUGUUGCGAUAAACCGAAAGACACGACUUCUCAUCAGGCUGUACAACUCGUUGGCUAAAAGCAUUUUUCUGCCUUGCUAGUUGCCUAUGUGUGCCAUUUAUACCAACCCCCCCCCCCCCGCCCCAACACACACACACACACUUACCCCCUCUCUGUCCUGUCUGUGAGAUGAUGCGCGCACGCGUGUGCGUGUGCGUGUGUGUGUGUGUGUACGUACAUGUGUCACUGGCGAAAGGGCUAAUCCUAUUGUCAGCAGGCUUAUUUUCAGUCCACUAGAUUGUCUACGGAGGUAUUCGGGAAGAUGUUCCUUGGAGAUUAGAGCUUGAUAGAUUCUGGGAUGUGUCGUCGUCGUGGUGCAGAGCUGUUCUCUUUUGGACUCACUCUCUGCCUCUCUCUUGCUAUCUACCUUUUGGUUUACUCUAUCUAUCAUUUGUUUGAUCUCUUCUAUUUCUGUCUUCCAUUCCCCUUUUUGAAUGCUCUUUAAAUUUUCUGCACAUAUCAGGGUGUAGGGCGACUCUGGUUGUCAGACAAUUAUCAUGAUGAAGACACGUUUCAAAAACAGCAUAAUCCCAAGAAUAAUGUCCUAUCUGAUGUGGUUUUAUUAGAUUGAUUCUGAUGAGCUCUGCUUCUGAGUGUACAAACCUAUUAGAAAUCAUUUCAUGUAAAAUCAGAUGAGUGUUGCUGUGUCAAGUCAUGCUGCCACCUGACAUUAGAAAAACAGAAGAACUUAAGAACUGAAUGGUUUCCUUAUGGUUUUGUAAGGUGUUCCUUUUUUUUGUUAUUUUCGGAAAAUAAAAAGGUAUUUUAACUUUUAA